GAAUGUGAAUUAAUUAUUUUGGAGCACUCCAACUUGGUGAUGCAUCAUUCGAUUGGGGAUCCCUAAGGCACUGUGUUUAUUUUUUUAUUUUUAUUUUUUUCUCUCAUUUCGUCGUUCCCCCUUUGCGAUGUGCUUACAAAGCUGUUGGGACACUCACUGCACACUUGGCACACCGGCCCAUUUGGCGCACUUGCCACACUUGACUCACUUGACUAGGGGGACACCUCGUCCUUUGCGCUUAAGCGAACGUGGCUCUAUUUGAGGUCUACCUCUGCCCAGGGGUAAACGAAAGUGGGGCUCCCCUUUUCUCUGUGCGCGCAAAAGGCGUGGAAGUACAGCUUUGUUAAUGUGUGCACACAAAAAGGGACCUUCCUCGUGUGCAGCGAAGCACUCUCCCAUGUGAACAUAAGCGAAAGCGUCUCAAGCAACACGCAUACGGAUAGACACAAAGGGGUGUGCCCGCUCCUCCCACGCACUUGGAGGGCACUACCCCCGAGGGGUUCUCCUCUCGUGGGUGAAGCGAAAAGGGAGCCCCGAGACAAACAAAUCGAACGGAACUAAAACUGGGAGCUGCGAAACGGGAAGCGGCAAAGCAGCGUUAUGGCAUGGAGGUGCCCCUACGCUGUGAGCUGCUGCGUCGGGAAUUGAUGGCUGCUGGAGAAAUGCUGCACGACGAUUCGAAUGGCCAGCCUGAAGGGGGUAGUCUCCCCACCAUGAACCAGUGCGGUGCUGAAAAGAAUGCCGCUUCGGUAGAGGCGUACCACCUGUGUGAGGCAGCCACGAAGGGGAAACUAACAGAGAAGAAACUGACCCAGAAGAAUCUAACCCAGAAGAAACAAAUUGUAGUGAUGCGGAAGUGGAUGCUGAAGGCACCAAACAGGAGCGUACACAAGAAGACCAAACUCUUUUGGAAAACAAAAAAAAAAAAGAUUCCCAUCAAAUGGGGCCAAAGGAAAGUCCUCUACUGCGAGCAAAACGACGGCGAAGGAGCACGCACUCCACUGAGAGAAGCAGGUGGCCACAAAAAGGGGUUUGCACUAUACUGGGUACCUGAAACAGGAUGGAGCAGCACCCCCUGUGUGGUAUGCUCGCUUGGGAAGAGCACUUGCCAUUUGGGCAGAGAAGUCACCACGUUGGUUUUGCCACCUCGUGAAGGUGAAGCCCAAGCGAAGAGGAGAGCAAACAAUCGCAUUAGAGGUGGAAAGAACACCCACACGGUUUUCUCCUUAGGAGGUGGAAAGAACACCCACAAAGAUUUCUCCUUAGGAGGUGGAAAGAACACCCACACGGUUUUCUCCUUAGGAGGUGGAAAGAACACCCACAAAGAUUUCUCCUUAGGAGGUGGAAAAAGCACCCACACGGUUUUCUCCUUAGGAGGUGGAAAGAACACCCACAAAGAUUUCUCCUUAGGAGGUGGAAAAAUCACCCACACGGUUUUCUCCUUAGGAGGUGGAAAGAACAGCCACAAAGAUUUCUCCUUAGGAGGUGGAAAAAUCACCCACACAACUUUCCCCUUAGGAGGCGACAAGCCGUGCGAAGAAGGUAUGCAUCUUGUGAGGGGAAAGCAAACUAACAAAAAGAAAAAAAGAAGAAAGGAAGAAAAAAAAAAAAAAAAAAAGAGCCAUUUUAGCGCUGGCAAGUUGCAUCUCUGUCAGGCGCAUGUGGAGCAAGUGCAGCAAGUGCAGCAAGCGGAGCAAGCGGAAGGGCUCCAGGCACAGCAGCCACGGCCGGAGCGAACCGACUGGCGAAGCAGAGUAAAACGAAAACCAAAUGACGCACCGAUAGACUCGAGAAAAGGAAAGAAACUCCCCGUCCGUGCGCCGCUACCGCCGCAACCGCUGCAAUCGGUGCAACCGCCGCUACCACUGCAACCGCUGCUGCCAGUGGGAGUUCCCCUUAACCCGUGGGAGCCACGUGGUGGCAAUGACUCGCGUGCAAUUUACACAAAUUUUAGGAAAGCCCUUUCUGGUCUACUCACCAGGAGUGAUGAAGCGGAUGAUGAUCUCUCCUGCCUGAGUUUGCUGCUCCGCCUAUUCGCUUUGAGGGCUUACAAGACAGGAGCUGUAGAUCCAAUCGGAAUCACUCUUAGCAGAUGCAGGGAUAGCUGUCUGAACCCACGCAGCAUCUGCGUUGUGCUCAUUGGUAAGGGGGUGCAAACUCGCAGAGGGGAGAAGCACUCCCCCCACAGCCACCGCAUAUCUGGAGGCACACCCCACCCAACGUUGUGCCUGACCACGGGGAAGGAGGAGACGCAGAACAGUUUGGCGAAGCUUCUUAGCAACCCCAAGGGGUGUAACAAAAAUAGGUUUGUUGCCCAUCGGGAUGUAUCUCUCUCAUUUGGGGGCUAUGAGAUCCCCUCCCAUCAAACAGCCAAAAAGGAAAACCAAAUUGCAGAGGAGCCACUCCAAUGUGACAGAAACGUUCCCCACUUAGAGCACCAGAUGUGGGUCGUCAAACGGGGAGCGCACCUCUUUUAUUUCCCCCCGACUGGGGGAAGUGCACCCACGAUUAGCGAAAGCGGGGGAGACAACCCCGCCGCGAGUGAAACGCGUAGCGGGUGCGGUGAGUACGCCUCCGCGCAAAAGAACAAGGCAGCUCGCGCGGAUUACCGGCGCGCUGGCAGCCACGGAAAGAGAGCCAACCGAAUGGCGAACAGGCAUCACCACGAGCAGAAGCGGAAUCAGCGGCAGCAUCAGCAGCAGCGGAAGAAGGGCGACGGAGCAAACCCGCAGGAGAGGCCAACCCAACCCUGGAGCAGUCUUAACCACACAUGCAAAAAUGGGAGUGAAAAAAAACACACACAUAAAAUAAACCUUUGCGAAGAGGAUUACACACAGGGUGGCACCCGAGAGGGGUUCCACAAUGAAAGAAAUACAGGGGAGGAUCCCCCCGAAGUGGGUGCCAUGCGAAUCGGUAAAAAGGAUCUACCAAGUGGUCAUCCCUAUGAGAAGAGGGCAUUUCAAAUGAGGAGACCGAACUGUUUGUGCAAUGCAAAGUACGCAGGUGAACACCCUUCCGGGGGAAUCUCUCCUCCACUGGAAGAGGAAACCGAUCGGAUAAGACACACCAGAGAGGAUGCCAACCGUGAGGGUGGUCCACCCGGAGAGGGGAGCAAUCCACCGUAUGAUGAAGUGCACCCGGGUGAGUUCCUCUUCGGGGGGGGAAGCGGCUCGAACGGGUUAAACAGAUUAACCAAUUUGCAUAAGCGCUAUGACGGUGUAGAUUGUGCAACCCCACUGGCUACUCACCCCGGCGAAGGGCAGAACGUAGAAUGCUUCCCGAAAGGGGUCCGUGCCAUAAAAAGAAGCUCUGCAUACGGAAGGGAAGAAAGUAAAAAGAGGAACCCCCCCAAGUGGAGCGACCCACGUGAUAGCCCCCCUAAUGAACACCCUCACAAGAAGAAAAAAAAACUAUCCCCUUUUUGCACAACAAAAUGUGAGGACAAAGCGGAGGGCAGCUCACUAGUAGGAGGGGAUUCUCCAAACGGGUUCGCACCCUCCCAUGGUGAUGAGGGAAACGACCUUGCCGCCAUUCCGAGUAGUUACGUUGAGAGGGAUCCUUUACGUAUGGCCAAGCCAAGCGGUGGAGUGUUCGCAACGCCCACCCUCUUCGAUAGGAGCUCCUUGGAUGAGCCUAACCGCAGUGCGGCACCCCCUGUAGAGGGUGCUACAUACGAGUGGUUCGAACUCGCGACGGGCACGCCCGCUGGGAAGCCCCGCUUUGACGAGAGCUCCAGCGAUGAGGACUCGCUCAUAGGGGAGAACAUCCCACGCGGAGCAGCGCACUGGGUGGGGAGCAUACCAAAGGGGUGCAACUACCCGUCCAAGAGGUACGUACACCCACCGGAGAGGCACCCCUACCUGUGGAACGUGUGGCCCGCGAACCGCAUGGAGGUGGCGCUAUCCGGGGGGGGGACCCCAGAUGGCGAGGGAGCAGUCGAGCAGCGCGGCAGCGGUAGUGAUGGCGGUAGUGAUAGCGGAGGCGACAGCGGGAGCGACGGGACGACCGUGGCGGAUGCGCGCGAGGGGGGGCAGCAGGAGAAGAAGAAGGAGAAGAAAAACAGCGAUAGCAACAACCGCAGCAACCGCAACCGCAGCGAUGGCGAUGACGAAGCGGCCAGCCAGGCGGGGUCCUCCCUGAGCGAUGGGGACAGCGGCGCGGACCUCGAAGUGGCGGUGAUGGAGAGGCACAGCAGCAUCCUGGUGAACAGGGGAAUCCGGACGAAGAAGUGCGUGGACUACUCGCUCUACAACACCUACGCCAAGUCCUCCUUCCUCCAGUGCGCAGAGCAAGCAGACAAUCACUUCAUAGGCAAUUACCUGGACCGAUAUAACGACGAGAAUUUCCAGCACCUGAGGCAGAAGGUGAAGUUGUGUCUCUCCCGAACCUUCGCAAAUUUAAAAACGACGAGCGAAACGUGUGUGCUGCACUUCACCAACCUUAUAUUUGACCUGUACAUAAGUAGAUUUAACUCCAAAGAUGAAAUCAUAGAAAGUAUAAUAAACGACAUAGUCACAGAGGAGAAGCAAUUUUCUGAUGUGAUGAUCCAACUGUUGAAGGAAUUUUACCCCAAGGUGUAUAGCGACUUUGUCUUUAAGGAACAGCUAAAGGGAAAAUAUAAUAUUUUAUAUAAAGAGCUCAAAGAUUCCUGUGAUUUGAUUUACCAUUUUGUUGCAAUUAUUUGCUUGUUCAUUUCGCAGAAGUAUUAUAACUACAGGUUAAUCUCUAUAGACCUAAUCGCCAAAACGUAUUGUAAGAGCCACUUGGAGGGACUUCGCAAAGUGUAUUCUAGGAACAAUGAACUCAUAAAGGAUGCCUCCCCAGAUUACUAUUCGGCAACCCAGUAUCUAGAUGCCACCUUCUGCGCUCAUAGUGUUAAUAAGAAUUUUGCUCUUGAAGUAGAAAUUUGCAUUUUAAAAAAAUUAAAUUAUGACUUGUCUAUCCCUACACCUUAUAGCCUUCUGGAUAGCCUCCUAAAAGCAAAUGAAAAUAUAAAUUUUUUGAAAUUAAAAAAUGAUUAUAAUGCCACGGAGGGGGAGAUCCUCCUGCGCAUCGCCAGCAUAGAUAACACAUUUUUGAAAUACAAGUCGUCCACUCUCUCCAUGGCCAUCUACGAAAUUCUGAACUUUAACAUUUGCAAGGAUAAGAUGCAGAAGGAGCUGUUCCACUUCACCAACUUCCAGGCGGACUUUGGCCUCGAGGCGGUGGGGGGGAAGUUGGCCGUUGACACGGUUGACACGGUGGAAACGGUGAGCACCCCUACCGCUGCCAACGCCGCUAGCGCCGCUAACUUGGCUAACGAUGCGUGCAGGACGAGCCCGCGGGGCGGAGCGGCCGAGCAGAAAAAGAAGCAGGAGCUGAAGCUCCUCAAGCGACAGGCCAGGAGCCUCGUCAUCGCGGAGGAGGAGGACCGGUUCAUCACCGCCUCCAAAUACAUCAACCAGAAGGCCCUCCUCUACCAGUGCGUCAAGCGCACCCUCAUCUGCGUCUGCGCCGCCAUCAAGAAGAGGGUCCCCCGGUACUACUACGACUCGGACUUGGACCGCACGGACGGCCUCAAGGGCUACAUAAGGAGCUUCCACAACGGCAAGCGCGGCUACCUGGACCGCCUCAGGCAGAAGCGCCAAGCGGUAAAGGGGGGAGCGGCAAAGGGGGGAGCGGCAAAGGGGGGAGCGGCAAAGGGGGGAGCGGCAAAGGGGGGAGCGGCAAAGGGGGGAGCGGUAAAUGAGAGAGCGGCAAAUGAGAAAGCGGUAAAGGGGGAAGCCGCCAUGGAGAGAACCGCCACGGGGGAGGCUAAAGCAGACCCCUCCAAUGAGGAAACCCCAGAGUCCGCGACCAUCAGCGCCGACGCCGCCACUACCGCCGCUACCACCGCCAUCACCGCGGAAAGCGCCUCCCCUCCGAGCGGCAAAAAGAGAAAGCGCGCGGAGGGAGCCAAAGCCGCCGAUGACGAGGCCGCCGACGACGAGCGGAAAGACCAAGACAAGUUCCAAAACGCGAAAAAAAAAAUAAAAAAAAAAAUUAAAAAAAUGAUAAAGAAGCUGAACGCGCUCAGGUGGGAAGACAUCCCCAUUCAAUACUGCACGCCAUACCUGCUGCAGGGGGAGGAAAUCAAAAUUUAUCUAAAAAAAGACGACGAAGAGGUGGCAGAUAGGGAUGGUAAAAACGCACAGAAUGGAAGCUCGGGGAGGAAAAACUCGCUAAGUGGCUCAAAGGGAGGAAGCAAAAAGAAUUAUGUCAUCGGGACGAGGACGAACUCGACCGAUGAGCAUCUCGUGUUUUACUACAACUACCUAAGCAAACUGAGGAGCAGGCUAGUCGAAGGGAUGAAGUAUUUCCUCCGACGAAUCAAAAGGAUUAAAAACAGACAUGUGUGUGUGUCCAUGGUUAACUUGAGCUACCUACUUAACAAGAAGGGGCUGCGGAAGAAACGCAAGAAGGAGAGAAAAAAAAAAAACAUCCCCCUUUACAAGCAGCUAACUAACGAAAUAAAAAUUUUUUUUAUGUGGCUGUACAAGCUGACGAACAUUGAGAUCCGCCCCCUCAUUCGCUUCGCCGACCUGAAGUACAUCGCCUGCAUCAAGUGCUACGAGAGGAGCUACGCCAAGUACGUGGCGCGCGCGCUGGGCGGGGGAGCAAAGCGGGAGGGGGGAGAAGCAGAAGGGGGGAAACACACUUCGACCAAACAUGGAUCAUCCAAACAUAGAUCAUCCAAACAUGGAUCGUCCAAACAAAGAUCGUCCAAACACAGAUCAUCCAAACAUAGAUCGUCCAAACACACCUCGCCCAAAGGGGGGGCGCCCAAACGCAGCCGCCGCAGCUCCCUCGAGAAGAAGUACGCCCAGGAAGUCUCCCAGUUCGCGGAGGCGGAAAACAAAAAGUUUUACCCCUACCUGAAGCGCAGCAGCUCCAUGGCGGACCUCACCGGGGGACACUGCACGGGGAAGGUCAACAGAAAGGGGGCGGCGAGGAAAAGCGGAAAAGAAGCGAAAAGUAAGUGCUCCAAAAAAGAAGGCCUCGUUCAGAACAAAACAAAUUUUUAUGAACAAGCUAGCCAAAAUGCGAAAAGUGAAGAGUGCGAAAUGGCUAGCUGGAAAAAAAAAAAAAAAAAAAAAAAUGAGCAGGGUGAUGAGGGUGACCAGGGUGAUGCGGGUGACCAGGGCGACGAGGGCGAUGACCCAGUAGAGUGCCCCGCUGCGAACGAGCUGGACAUGCAAAGCACACUUGACGAUUUCCUCCUGCGAAAAAAGGAGUACGAAUCUCUGGAGAAGGAAAAACCUUUCCGCGAAGAACAGCUGGACGGUCACCCCGGCCAGGUGUUCGCCAUGCCCCUUCAGGAUAACGCAACAAAGAUUAGUAGCGAUUGGAUCACCAUCAACGACCCCCAGGUGGACGAGUGUGCCAAGGAGUUGAUGGAAUGCUUCCUCAAGUGGAAGAACAAAAAUUAUAUUUCGAAAAAUUGGACUUUCAACGAGUACCCCAAUUGUAAGGAGUACUAUUUUUCUCUCGUCUUCGGCGAUCUCAAAUCGUCGGAAACGAUGAAGGGCAUCAUCGAGAUGAUGCACAUGAAGUAUAACCACCUGCUAAACAUCUACAAGGAGAUUAACGUGCAGGCGGACUGCAUGGAAUACGACUGA